CACAAACCCAACAUUCAUGUCAAAAUCAGUAAAGCAUGUGCUACGAGUAAGUCAACUUCAACCAAAGGAUUGCUCUUUCGGAUCAAGCGCCUCUAUAAGGAAACUCAAAAAUAUUUAACUGUGAUAAAACAAAGUGACUUUAUGCAGGCGUAUUAUGACUUAUGCCAAUUGUGAACUGAGGGAUUUUAAUAAAGAAUCAACUAAGAUGUCGAUCUCAGUCGUGGAAGACAUGGGAUUCUGCUCAGGCGAAGAUUAUCUUGAAAGCGACAUUCAUUCUCCAACAGAUACAAGUGAGGACAGUUUGGAAGUUAAAAUCACACCCAUACAAUCCUUCAAAAAACGUAAAAUCCAGGAUACCUUCUCAGGACCUUUGAAAAAAAGAAUGUGCCUCAAAGUAAAAGCGGAAGAAAUCCACCCGUUUAGACCAUGGUCGCCUCAAAAAUCCAGUGAAUGUAUGAUUGUGAAAAACAGUGCGCCUAUCCCAGGAUAUUUUAGACCCCCGUCGCCAGUUUGCGAGGAACCGGUCGCUCUAGUGAAAAAAGUCAAAACUGAAAGUGUAAAGAAUGAAACUUGUGAUAUUGUUAAAGAAGUGCCAAGGGUGCCAGUACAUCCAGUGGUGACAAAUUUAACAACAGUGGAAACGGAAAAAGUUAUUUUUAAUUCGGCAGAAAGUUUUCCGGCCUUGCAGUCGCAGAGCAAAAAGAAUGACACCAGAAGAGAGCAAAGAAAUUACAAAAACAUGACGAGGGAAAGAAGAAUUGAAGCUAAUGCCAGGGAAAGAACAAGAGUGCACACUAUAAGUGCGGCUUUUGAUACCCUACGUAAAUCCAUACCUUCGUAUUCUCACAAUCAAAAACUUUCAAAGUUAUCCGUAUUAAGAAUAGCUUGCAGUUACAUUAUGACUCUCUCGAGUAUUGUUAGUGAGGAUGAUAAAACCACUGAAGAACACGUUGACAUGGUCACUAAAACCAUUCAAAGAGAGGGCAAGUUAAGGAAAAAGAAGGAUGAUAACGACUAAGUGAUUAGUUUAGGUUUAUUUUCCAAUAUUUGCCAUAAUAAUGUUUGAUAUUAAGUUAGAUAUGGUGCCAAAUUAUACAAAAAAGACUAAAUUGUUAUUAUAUAUAAUAUAUAUUGUUAUGUUCCUA